AUGGAGGGGGAAAGUAAAGUUAUUACCAGAGAUAAGCUGUUUUCUGAGAACCCCACCUCAGGUGAAAUGCACUAUAAAGUCAUCAGCAGUCCCAAACAUGGGAAGUUAAAAAAAAUCAACCUUUCCAGUUCCACUACCAAUAAUGAGAACAUUUCACAGUUCUUAAACCAGGAUAUUCUUGAUGGGCGUCUCAUGUACGUCCAUGAUGACAGUGAAACAACUUAUGACGAAUUCACUUUCCUUGUCUCUGUGACUUCAAUGAAAGAUGAGACUGCUGUAAACGGAACCUUCCGAAUUUCCAUUCAACUAGUCAACGACGAAAAACCUGUCCGUGUGGUUGAUAAAGUCUUCCAUGUGGCGAGGAACAGUCAGAGAUUGCUGACAUUGGAGGACUUGUGUUACCAUGACGCCGAUUCGGACUUUGACGACGGACAAUUGGUCUACACUAGACGAGGGAUUCCCAUGGGUGAGAUUGUCUUAGUGAACGACACGUCACAGAAUCUGUACCAGUUUCACCAGAAGGACUUGGAGGAGAAGAGAGUUCUGUUUGUCCACGAAGGGGUGAGCUACGGUCGAUUCGUCCUCUUUGUUUCAGAUGGGAGGCACUACACGUCCACCAUCUUGGAGGUCAUUGCUCAGGACCCAUACAUUAAAGUGGCCAAAAACACAGGACUGAUGGUACAGAAGGGAAAUGAAGUAGUCUUGACUUCAGCUAACUUCACCAUCACCAGCAACCUGGACAUUCGAGACGAUCAGGAAAUGACAUUUGAACUUUUCCUUCCCCCUAGUCACGGGAGUCUCACGUGCAACAGAGCAGCAGCUAAGAUGUUCACCCAGCAUGACAUCAAGGCUGGUCAUGUGAUGUAUCAGCACAAUGAUGGCGUGAAUCUUUCUGACUUCUUUAAUUUUACCGUGAGUUUGAAAGGGUUGCGGCUGGACGCCAGUGUUGUUGUGAGAGUGUACCUCGAAAGCCACCAGGAGCCUCCACAAGUAAUUAACAACAACCCCAUUGUGGUGGAGGAAAAUAAACCUGUUAAGAUCAGCAAGACACAGCUCGAGGUGACCCACAAGGACAACACUCCCUCUGAGAUUGUGUAUUCAGUGAAGGACGCUCCCUCUCACGGCUUCCUGCGUAGAUCUGCAGGAGAGGACAAACCGUACCAGGGGACAAAGGGGAGGCCAAUUCAGAGCUUCUCCCAGCAGGACAUCGAUGAUGGACUCAUUCAGUACGUCCAUGUGGGCUCUGAACACGCCUCUGACACCUUCCUGUUGGACGUCAGUAAUGGCCUAACAGAGGUCAUCCACAUCACGGUUACCAUGGAUGUAAUCCCUCAGCACAUCCCAGUGCAGGUCUCCAGUGUGACCCUGAAAGAGGGGUCCUCCAGGAUCCUGAACAAGGACGUCAUACAAGUCACCAACCACCACUUUUCAGGGCUCAACUUCUUGUACCAGAUGACCGUAGCCCCACAUUAUGGCCAGAUAGAGAACCUGAGGAUCCCAGGGGUGGCCAUCCCUUCCUUCACCAGAUUACAGGCCGAGCAGGGCUUAAUUCAUUACGUUCACGAUGGGAGUGAGUCGGUGGCCGAUAAUUUCACGCUGAUCGCCAACGACACGGUCCUCCAGAGGCACAGCCUGCCGUGCGUCGUGUUCGUUAACGUCACCCCUGUUGAUGACGAGGCUCCGAUUGUCACAGUGAACAGGAUUCUGAAGGUGUGGGUUGGGUCCAUCACAGAGAUUACAGUAGAGGACCUCAACGCUGAGGACAAAGACUCCACGCCAGAGCAGCUGGAGUUCAUCGUGACCCCUCCCACCAAUGGACACCUGGCCCUCAAGAGUGCCCCCUCCAGGCCGAUCCUGAACUUCACACAAGCACACAUCCUGACCAGCCAGCUUGUGUUUGUCCAUGGAGGUGCUCUGUCUGGUGGAUUUCACUUCCAGGUCAGUGACGGGCAGAAUCUCGCUGACCGACACACCUUUUCCACUGUGGCCCGCACCCUUGUUCUAAGCCUGGAGAGAAUCUUUCCUCUGAAGGUUUUCCCAGGCACUUUGAAGCCCAUUACUGAUGAUGAUUUGCUGGUGGUAACCAAUGACUUCAGUGACAUCACCGGGAACCGUGUCAUCGUCUUCAAAGUGACUCACCCACCAAAGCUGGGCAGAUUGGUCAGGGUGACAGAAGAUCACAUAACAGAGGAAAUAUCUUCUUUUACGCAAAAUAUGGUGAAUGAGGGAGAAAUCCUGUAUGAACAAACUGACACUGAUGCUGUUGGAUGGGAAGCCACAGACUCCUUCACCUUUACCGUUCUGUCUUCUCUGGCCUCCGUUCAGCGACACACAUUUCCGAUAGACAUCUCGUAUGAAAAUGGCGGCCCAGAGCAUCAGAUCUGUUCUUCUGGCUAACACUGGUGCUAUGGUGGCAGAAGGUGGAAAGGUCGUUAUAGACAAGUCCAAACUUGACGCCUCCAACUUGUUGAAAAAACUAAAGGAACCAGGGAAC